AACCAGAGAGUAGAAGGGAAGACAAGAGUGGCAGGUUUAGUGAUCUUGGUACUCCUGUCCUGCCUUUACAGCUGGUGCUGAGUGCGCGCUUUCUCUGUUAAUACUGUUCCUGUUCCUACUUUUAUUGCUCCUGCUCCUUGUUUUGCUGCAGCUAUCCUUGAUCCUGGCCUUGCUCCUGUUCCUUCUCCGUCCGUUUGUUGCCUCUUCCAGCCCACCUGCUGGUCCUGUUCCUCUUAUUGUAACUGUUGACUUUGUUUAUUAGCUUCUACGACACUACUACUAUUGCUGUUAUCACUACUAUUACUGAUUCAAUAGUGACUCAGUGAAUUUCUCUAAACUGACAAUUCACUGGUGUUCCUGUCCACCUCCGCUCCUCUUCAACAAAGAACAGCUGUUACUGUUCUCUGCUGUUCUUUACUGCCGCCUACGGGAGUAACUGGUGGGAUUAAAAUAACAGGAGCAGCUGUGCUAACACCAACAGCAUCAGCAGCAGCACCAAUACUAAUACCAACAAAAGAACCAGCAGCAGCAGCAGCAGCAGCAUCAACAAGAAGACAAACAGUAGCAUCAGUAGCAUUACCUGUAGCAGCAGCAGCACUAUCAGCAGCACCAUCAGCAGCAGCACCAACAGCAACAUGAUGGACACAGCACCCACCACUCUCCCUCGCAACUUCGACCGAUACAACGAGGUGUUCGACCACCAGCGAAAGACCUCAAUCGAGUGCAAGAACCUGACGAAGAAGGACGCGCAGAAGCAGUUGACCUUUGAGCUGCAGAACCUGCUACACACUUGCCCCAGACACCUGAGGGAGGCAGCGGAGAGCGAUCUGAACGCCUUCGAAAAGCUCUUCGGGCGUUUCAUAAACGAACCUGGACCCUGCGUGGAGUGGGACAACAUUCAGAAACUGGAGGAGGGACGGUAA